AUGCAAUUCUCAUCGGGUUCUUUACUUCUACUCUUUAUUCUUUCAUUUGACUUCUGUCUUGCCACCAAAAGUUCACCGUUUGUCAUUUUACCUUACUUUUUCCGAGCGAAUGCUACUAAUUCAAUCACGGUAACUCCUGUCAAAGAUUCUGAUGCCAAUCAGUCAGUUGAUAUCGAUUUUUAUGUCUUCAAAUCAAAUGAAUCUUUACGCGACAGCAUAUUCUCUCAAAAACUCAAAGCCAAACAAUCUGGUGCUCCACAGACCAUCAAAUUUCCGCUCGGAUUAUCAAUAGAUUCUCUAACGGUACGGAUAGCUAUAGAGAGACAUGAAACGUUCAAAGCAACGAUUCCUGUCAAACAGGAUAUCUCCACUAUCCAUAUUCAUACUGAUAAGGCCAUAUAUAGAGCCGGCGAGAAAAUUGACGUUCGCAUUUUGCCAUUAACUUAUUCGAAUACUAUUUAUAAUGGACCAAUUGAAGUAACCCUUGUUAAUCCGGAUGAAUACGAGUUGUUCCGGAAAGUAAUCACUGCAACUGACUCAUAUGCUGCAACCUCGUUUGAAUUACCUGAACAUCUGUACUUCGGUACAUGGAGAAUAUAUGUUCGACCUGAGUCUGACCGUGAGAGCAAUUCGUUUGAUACAUCGUUUACUGUAGAAGAAUACGUAUUGCCUCCAUUCAAGAUAUCAGCAUUCAUUCAAGAUGGUGAUCCACUCGAUCGAACAAGAAUAUCCAUAGACGCAAAAUAUUACUAUGGUGGUACAGUUAAUGGAUCAUUAGUCUUAUCGUGUACACAAAGCAAAGAUGAUAAAUUGGUUAACAGUGUAGCUACGACAGUCCAAAUUAGGCAAUCACAAGUACGUUUAUUUCAUUUAAAAUCAUAA